AUGACGACGACUAUUACAGAAUAUGGAGGUUACAUUCCUCCGAAACGUACGGCAUCUAAAUCUGCAGCACGCGUGUUUCCUCAGCCACUCUUUGUCUCGCCAAUAUCUCACACAGGUUCUGAAGACAGACAACCAGCAACAAACCUGUACUUUUCAGAAUUAUGGCCUCUGUUCUACUUGCUGAAACUUCUAGGGGUCUUUCCGUAUUAUGUGUCGUCCUCAGGUAAACUGGCGUUCAAGUUAAUGUCCAUGACUACUUUGUACGCUACAGCGUCUACGACUGUGACCACAGUCGGAUCCAUCCUCACGAUCAUACAGAAAUACAGCAAACUGUCAGCCGAGAAAAUGAAGUUUGAAGACGCAAUAGUACAGAUAAAUCUGUUUGGGGGAUUUUUCUUUAUUGCGAUCCUGCCAUUUGUGUACUACACAGAAACUAGGAAAAGAAUCCAAUUUAUCAACAGAUGGGGAAUCUUUCAGGAGGAAUUUCGACGGGUGACGGGCAAAACUGUGGACCUUGGUCUCGGACGCAGAGCGCGUUUCUUUGUGGUAAUGAGCCUGCAUUUUUCUGUAUUUGGUGUCAUCAGUCUGGGCGUACUGGUGGGAGGAUUCAGCUGGUGGCAAUACUGCAUAUCCGGGCUAUUCGAGACUAUGCUGCUACUGAUGCCAGCCGUGUGGUACCUCACGUGUCGUGGAUUAAUCAGAGCCGCGAAGGCUUUGGGAAAUGAAGUUGAGCAGAAUCUCCUACACCACGGUUUUCGCCACACAGACGCGCUUGUCCAGUUCAAGUUUCUGUGGUUACAUCUCAGCAAAUUGACUCAGGACGCAGGACGUUCCAUGGGCUUCACUUACGGAGUUUUCACUCUCUUCUGUUUCGGCGGCCUGGUGGUUUCCAGCUACGGGUACUUCGUUUCCGGAAUUAUCCUGAUCACCCAAGGACUGGCAUUUACCGCCUUCUUUUUCUCGACAAUUCUCUACGUCCAGUGCACAUUCGCUCAGCUGGCAACUGAAGAAGUUGGAUCAAAAUUUCAAGAUCGUGUCCAAAUAAUUUUAGAGAAGUAUCCACUGAUCAGUGGGACGCAAGAAGAGAUUCACAGAUUUCUGGCCAUGAUCUGUUCCAAUCCCCCUGUAAUAAAUUUCUGUGGUUUUGUAGACAUCAACAGGGGACUUAUAACCUCGCUGAUGUCACAAACACUCACCUACUUAAUAGUCAUGACUCAAAUUAACAAAAACUAAUGCACUGAAGAAUUCUUCAAUAAUACACACUAUAAGUUCUUCAGUUCCAUGUCGU